AUGGAUGUUUGUGCUAAAAGCUUUCAUGAAGCGAACAACAUGAGUGAAACUGUCGCAGAUAUCGUUUAUCGAUUUGAAGAAAACGGUGCAGUUGCUGAUAAGAAACGAUUAGGUCAACCAGCAGUUGUUCGAACAGCAAAAAACAAAGCUGCUGUUAAAUCUGCGUUUUUUUCAAAAGAUUCUACAACAUCAACAAGACAUGCAACAUUUAUGCUCGACAUUCCGAAAACGUCUAUUGUAUUCAUAUUAUCUGACUUUUAA